UUUUCUUCCAUCCCUCCUUUUUCCUAUCUUGUUUCCUUUUCUACAUCAACAAGUAAAAUCCAUGUUCAUGAUCGUAUAUAUACUACUCCAUAUAUUCUCUCUUUUCAUCUUUAUGUGAAAGAAAGAUGGUAUGAUUAUCAAACAACACUAAAGUCAUCUUGGAUUUCAUACCUCUUUCUCCACCACUACUCACAACACACAUACCUUCAAGUGGGGUUUUAAUUUUCUCCAAAUUUCAACACCAAUCACACACACACAUAGAUACAUAUAUUAUGUGUGACAACAACAACAACAAAGAGAAUGACGAAAACAUCCAUAUCAUAACUGACAACAUUGAGGGUUUCCAAAUUCAGGAUCAAAAUCUCAACACUAGCCCUCCAAAUAUGCAGCACCAACACAACACUAACACAGAUGCAUAUAUAAACGGUCUAAAUGGAGCUGCCGACGUCUCACAGAUCCUACCGUGGACCCUCAACCCGGUCCAUGACCCCUUCCUCCUCCCACCGCCGCUCUUCGGCCGGGAACUGCAGUACGGAUACGACGGUGACCGCCACCUAAGAUUCCUAACGGAGUCGUUCAGCCAGGUGGUGCAUCCUGGCGGCGGCGUCCCUUUCGGCCUCCACGCUGAGCUGCAGAAGAUGACGGCGCAGGAAAUCAUGGAUGCGAAAGCCCUCGCUGCAUCCAAGAGCCACAGCGAAGCUGAGAGAAGAAGAAGAGAGAGAAUAAACAACCAUCUUGCAAAGCUCCGAAGCUUGCUCCCUAGCACCACCAAAACAGACAAAGCCUCAUUGCUGGCUGAAGUGAUCCACCACGUGAAGGAGCUGAAGCGGCAGACCUCCGUCAUCGCGGAGACGAGUCCGGUCCCUACCGAGACAGACGAGGUAAACGUGGAUAACGAAGCGGACGAGGAGGGUAGAGCGGUGAUCAAAGCGUCCAUAUGCUGCGAGGAUCGAUCGGAUCUGUUGCCGGAUCUUAUCAAGACGUUGAAAUCCCUCCACCUGCGAACACUCAAAGCGGAGAUCACCACGCUCGGUGGAAGAGUGAAGAAUGUGCUCUUCGUAACCGGAGAUGAUGAAUCUGAGCAGCAGCAGCACUCCAUGAGCUCCAUUCAAGAAGCGCUUAGAGCAGUGAUGGACAAAACUAGUGAUCAAUCCAGUUCGGGGAGUGUGAAGAGGCAGAGAACCAAUAUCAAUAUCCUUGAUCAACAAGCUUCUCUUUGAAUUCUACUACAUUUUAUGACCUAAUUUAAUCUGUCUUUAUUGGAGGUUUUUUAACUGACACGUGCAGCGCCACCGUAUGCCGGUUUCCGCCGCCGCGAGGGGAAGGUCUCCAUGGUGGGAAUGUAGACAGGCCAAAUCAUUGGUAUAUUUCUCUUUUUCGGUGUUGAAGGUUUGGAUUAAGUUCUGGUUAAGUAUAUAGGUAUGUUGACUUGGGCCUUAAUUGGUUAGGGUUGUAAUCUAAGUGCAAGAUUUUUUCAUUGCACUGCUACUGAAAAACCAUGUUUUUAUCUUUUUAAUUUGGGUUUUAUAUAUCUUCAUUAAAUUUUAUAUUUCUUUA